GACACAGGACGUUCAGUGAUGUUCAAUUCACGACGAAUUCAGAAUUCUUACUGUCUUUUUUGGCCAAAUGAACUAAAAUUAUGCAGCGCACGCUUCUGACGCAAUGACAUUUUUUCCGAUUAUACGGGCGUUUUUUACAUGGUAAAGCUAAAGUAACUAGUAAGGAAGGAAGUUUUGUGAUCGAGGGCUGGUAGUAAACAAGUCGUAAAUUAAUACAGCCUUUUAAAUGCGUUCCCAAAAUGAAAAUAGAUUUGAAUAUAUGGUUUCCUAGCUAGGCAACUGAAAAGGAUUUGUCUAUAUAAUAAUUGUAAAGUUAAAUAUGUCAUAUCAAGAAUGUAAUGUUUUUCCGUUUUGUUUUACACAUAAUUAAUCUCCAUUGGCUUUGGUCGUGUGGCAGUACAGAUUCUGAUAUUUAUUCUGAUUAGGUAAACAUGGAUAUAAAUUUCCUCAUGGCACUUGGUGGUCUUCACCUGUGCAAGAGAUGCUGUUUUUUCCUUGGUGUGAGGAAAUUGUGCUCGGAUCUGCAGCAGAGCGCAAGAUUUCUGCACUCAGCCAAUGCACAGUUUUCCAGCGUCCCUCAGAUUACAUUCGCUGCUAGUUCCACCCGCGGUCCAGCACGGCCUGUUGGUAUCACGGGGCGUUUCCAUAAACCUCCACAAACUGAGACCUGGAAACUGACAGUGUGCCAGUAUAGCGACACGACCGUCGUUACCCUUGCAAGCCGAGAGAGCCAGCCGCUUCCUGCUGACCCUGCCCAAACUGGCCUCAUAUCCAAGCAGCCUGGACACCCAGAGGGGUCACUGUUUGGCACGCCCCCCCUUCCGGACAGCCAGGCACCUCUGUUGGAUCUGGAUGGCUCCCCGCCCCUUGCUCCCUUUGAGGAGAUCAGUGAGGAGGAGGCUGUGCAGAUUCACGCAGAACCGGCCCUGCCUGCCGCCUCCGUCUCUCUCGGGGACUACGUCGACCAAUCAGAGACGCUCCAGCAGCUGCUUAAGUUAGGUGUUAACCUGAGCAAGCUGGAGCAGAGGCCCAAUGUUGGAUCUAUGCUGCUUCGGCUGGAUUUCCAGGCCGACGUGAAGGACCGGCUGCUUUUCCUGAAGGAUGUGGGUGUGGAGGACUCACGGCUUGGGGCCUUCAUCACCCGUAACCCUUUCAUCCUCACAGAGGGUCUGGAGAACCUUCGAGCCAGGAGCGCAUACCUGAGGUCCAAGAAGUUCAGCCGGGUGUCUGUGGCAACCAUGGUGUCCAAAGCUCCUUAUUUACUCAAUUUCAGCAUUGAGAGGCUUGACAACCGCUUGAACUUCUAUCAGCAAACUUUGGGCCUCAGCACAGAGAAGACCAGAAACCUUCUGGUUCGUCUUCCAGGGCUGCUGUGUAGGAGUUUGGAACCAGUGAAGGAGAACCUGAAGGUCUGUGAGCUGGAGCUGGGCUUCCGCCCCAAUGAAAUCCAGCAUAUUGUCACCGCAGUUCCCAAGGUGCUCACUGCCAACAAAAAGAAGCUGACUGAGAUCUUUAACUACAUCCACAACACGAUGGGCAUCCCUCACUCUCUCAUCAUCAAAUUCCCCCAGGUUUUCAACUCGAGGCUUCUUCGGAUCAAAGAGAGACACCUGUUCCUCCGGUACCUAGAAAUGGCCCAGUAUGACCCCGCAAAGCCCAAUUACAUUUCCCUGCACUGCCUCAUUUCCCUGCCAGACCGGGUCUUCUGCUCUGAUGUGGCGAAAGCAACCUUAGAAGACUUUGAGCUGUUUCAGAAGACCCUGUAAUUUAAAACCAGCUGUUUCUCUCCCAUUUGUAUGUCAGUAGGAAAUGUUAAUGCGUAAAUGCAUUGCAGGUCAGACAUUUAGCGAUUGUUUUCUACUGUGAAAUUAAAGGGUGUUUGACCAGC